AUGACCGUUGGGGACCACGUGACUGUGCCGGCCUGCGUGAUUCCCGGCACGCUUUUCUCCCCAGGACCUAGAGGAUAUAUCUCUACUUCCACUAUAAUAGUGAGAUUCUAUACCAUACUGAGCAAAGAAACUCCAGAUGAAAAUGGCAAAACCCAGCGAAUUGACAGUCUUAUUAUGAAGAAGAUAAAGAAAAAAAAGAAAAAGAAACACCGGGAAGAUAUGAGGGGGAAACGCCUUAAAAUGUACAACAAAGAAGUACAAACAGUUUGUGCUGGACUUACUCGUAUCAACAAAGAGUUUCUGACUCAAGGACAGAGUGAUAACACACAAGUGAACAAGGAAUCCUUUAGGUAUCUGAAGGAUGAGCAGCUGUGCCGAUUAAAUUUGGGAAUGCAGGAAUAUCGGGUGCCCCAGGGAGUACAGACACCAUUUAUGACUCACCAAGAGCACUCUGUUCGUAGCAGCUUCUUGAAAACUGGCACUAAAUUUAGUAACUUUAUUCAUGAAGAACAUCAGUCUAAUGGUGGUGCUUUGGUCCUUCAUGCUUACAUGGAUGAACUCUCAUUUUUGACUCCAGUGGAGAUGGAGAGAUUUGCAGAAGAAUUUCUUGCACUCUCAUUUAGUGAAAAUGAGAAAAAUGCAGCCUACUAUGCUUUAGCCAUAGUACAUGGGGCAGCUGCAUAUUUGCCAGACUUCCUGGAUUAUUUUGCUUUUAAUUUCCCAAACACUCCAGUGAAAAUGGAAAUUCUGGGAAAAAAGGACAUAGAAACAACAACUAUUUCAAAUUUUCACACUCAGGUCAAUAGAACAUACUGUUGCGGAACCUACAGAGCAGGUCCGAUGCGGCAGAUAAGUCUUGUUGGAGCAGUAGAUGAAGAAGUUGGUGACUACUUCCCAGAAUUUCUUGAUAUGUUGGAGGAAUCCCCAUUUCUGAGAAUGACUUUGCCCUGGGGCACGCUUUCUAGCCUCCAGCUUCAGUGCAGGUCACAGAGUGAUGAUGGCCCCAUAAUGUGGGUGAGACCAGGAGAACAGAUGAUCCCGACAGCAGAUAUGCCAAAAUCACCAUUCAAACGACGCCGAUCAAUGAACGAAAUAAAAAAUCUUCAGUACCUACCUCGAACCAGUGAGCCCCGUGAAGUUCUCUUUGAAGACCGAACAAGAGCCCAUGCUGAUCAUGUAGGUCAGGGGUUUGACUGGCAGAGUACAGCCGCUGUAGGAGUGCUGAAAGCUGUACAGUUUGGUGAAUGGAGUGUCCAACCUCGAAUAACCAAAGAUGUGAUUUGUUUCCAUGCUGAAGACUUCACUGAUGUGGUACAAAGACUUCAGUUAGACUUGCAUGAACCUCCAGUGUCACAGUGUGUUCAAUGGGUGGAUGAAGCCAAGCUAAACCAAAUGAGACGGGAAGGCAUUCGCUAUGCUAGAAUCCAGCUGUGUGACAAUGACAUCUACUUCAUCCCUAGAAAUGUCAUUCAUCAGUUCAAAACAGUGUCAGCGGUCUGCAGCUUAGCCUGGCAUAUAAGGCUCAAACAGUACCAUCCUGUGGGGGAGUCUUCUCAAAAUUCAGAAAGCAAUUCAAACAUGAACAGUAGUAUUCCUGAAAAGACAGAGUCAGAAGGUGAACCCCAAUGUGUGAGUGUUAAAACAGAGUCUGAGGAUGUAGAAAUGCAGCAUAAAACAGGGGCACCAUCCUCCUCAUCCUCCUUAAUUUCAUCAAUAUCGGGACUUGUUCUGAAAUCAGAUCAGGUGGCCCAGCCUCUUCCAGUUUUUAAACUAGAAUCCGCUCAGCAACAUAACCCGCAGGAUCACACAGACUCUGCUGUGUGAUAUGUACAUAGUCAAACACAUUUUUUAAACAACUUUUUAAAAUUUUGAUGUGAAGUUAUAGUUUUAUAACUUGCUUAUGUUUUAUUGGAGAAAUCUUGCCUAUAAUUCUAUAAAGAAAGGUGACAUUCCAAAAUGUCAAGCAUAUCUUUUUUACACAGAUUAUGCAAAGUUCAAGUUGUAAUUUACUCCCAUAGUACAGCAUGUAAUAGUGGUCUACCACUUCUUUCUGUUUAGUGAGGUAAUAAUUCAGUAUCUCCUCAUCAAAAUCAGAACAGAAUUCCUCUACAAGCUCAAAAUCAUUGAACUAUCUAAUCCCCUUACUUAAUUUUCUUCUUUAACCUUCACCUUGAAAGGAUGGCUUCUGUAUAAGACUCUCCCAUCUGAUUUUAACUGCUAAAAUCAAAGAGAAAGCACAGCACUUUUGAUGACCAGUGAUGUUAUGGUCUGUCUGUUCUUAAAUUCCUGGUGGAUACUCAAAUUACUAGAUGUAUAGAUUUUUAAAAUGUUAAACAGUUCAUAAAAAGGUGAAGUAUAACAUCUUAUCCUGUUGAAAUGUAAUCACUUACAACACUUUCCACAGUACUGCUUAUAAUGUUUGGUGUGAGGAUUUUACUUCCUAAAUACAUCUUUCCCGAAUAUAUGACGAAUGCUAGAGUUAAUUUUAAAAAAACAAACAAACGCAGUCUCAUGGAGGUAACUGCAUUCUUGUCAGCACUUUAAAGCAUUAAAUUACUAACAAUCUUGGCAGCUUGUUUUGAAAAAUUCACAAUAAGCAUCUGAUGGAAAAUAUCAUCUCCUUGGUACUGAUGCACUUAAUCUAAUAGAGUUGGGUUGGUGAUAACCCAAUUCUAUUGGUUGUCCUUAUUCUCUGAAGUUCUGUAUUACUAUUUCAGAAUAAAAUAUUAUGGCAUUGGUUGGCUGUUUCCACUUGUAGCUCUUGGGUGCCCUGGUGCUGUGUUUGAAAAAUCAGUGACACAAGCUAAUAUGUUAAGUGUCAUCUACCGACAUAGUUAUUUUUAUAGUCUUAUGAUAUUUCUGAAUGUUUGUGUGAUCUGUAUUUGACUUUCACUCACCAAUUAUAUAACAACUGUCUUUUCUAGUCAUCAGAAAGAAGAGUCCCCCACACACACCCAGGAUACAAACUUGAUUUUGGUGCCACUGAAGUUGUCCCAGGACAACUUCAUUGUUCUAAUCCUCACUGGGGUAGGAAAGAGAUUUCUAACACUAUAUUAGGAUAAGGAAAAGAAAAGAUGCUGUGGUAUUAGUUCUGGGUGCAUCUUUUAAAUAUCAAUUAUAAAUCUUCUCUUUAAAAGGUUCUGAAAUAUGUUAAUCUGUUAUUAUAAAUAUUACUUUGUGCAAUAUUGUUUUGUGUAGACUUAUAUGCAUCUUAGCACCUCAGUAUAGAGGUCACAAUUGAUAGCAAAAUAAUCAUCAGAAAAUACUGCAAUGAUUAGUUAGAAUUUGUAUUACUCCUUAUAUAUGUAUAUGUACGUAUUGUCUUCAGUACAAAAAUGAAGGCACGUUAGAAAAUAUUUCAGACUAAUUUACAGAUUGAAGUGGUGGUGACUUGUUUAGUAAUCUGUGUAAAUAAGGUGUUAGAAUGGAAAGCUUUUAUGAAAAGUAAUAUGAUUCAUGCAGGGGUAUAAUUUAAUUUUAGCAAAAAUUAUAGAUUAUCAAAAGUGGUUCAGAAACAGGCUCUCUGUUCUCUGGCAUUUUUCCCACUUUUUUGUUGAGAAGAAUUUUAUAGAGCUUUAAUGGGGUUGUGCAAAGUAAAAUUCUUCACAGGCGAUAUUGAUUUCAGUGCCUCUUUAAUUUUAACAUUGAAUAAUAUUAUAUUAGUGUUGUUUUCCCUUUCUUUUUUAACUCGCUCUGCUUGUCUUCCAAGUGCUUGUUUCUCUUCUCUCAUGUGCUAUUCAUUGGCCAUGUCAAAGAUGGUAUCACGAUCUCUUAAUCAUUGCUAACUAAUAAGGUGAUUGUCCUUGGAUGGUCAGCACUGUGUAUAAAUCACUCAGGAACUGAUAUAUCUUCAAAGAACUUACAUUUGAAGGAAAAGCUAUUCAUUUAUUUAUAAAACCAGUUCUCCCCUUAUAUCUUAAAAAGCAAAAAUUAAACAUACUUAGGCUAAAAAGGGUCACAAUUUAAGAUGAAACCAUGUACCAUUAAUUUUUAUUUGUAUUCCUCUAGAGCUUGAAAUAGAAUGAAGAGACAUGUAAUUUUUUAAAUGCGCAUUGGAAGUGUCUGUAAACUAUAUUAAAUAGCAUGCUUUUAAACUAACAUGAACAGUAGACCAGCUGAAUGCUUCACACUGCUCUCAAAAGCGUUUCCUGCUUGUGUGAAAUAAUCUAUUCUUUCUAAAAUAUCAAGAAAUUGUUUCUCUUUUACUUCUGUGGAUUGAAUGACUUUAUCCAUUGUACCAUACUUUUCUUUUACUCACUAGUUCAAAACCUAAAGUAAUGCCCCCCCUCUUCAUUACAAAUUAGUCAUAGAAUGAUUUAGAUAAAGUUGUUGUUGUUGUUAUUUGUAGGACUGAGAUAAAGAUGAGCAGAUUUUUGUUUCGGGUAAAAUGUUAUGAAGCUUUCAAUUUUAUUAUGGAUUUUGUCUUAAUUUUGCUUGUACGAAAUUUAUUGUUUAAUGAAAUACUAAUGCAACUUUUGAGACAUUUGUAAAAUCCAAAAUUACCACUCUUCUUCCAAACCCAGAUAAUCUCUAAAUAUAGGGUAUAGAAAGUAUUGCUCCUGAAAUCGAUAACUAAAUCUGUUGCCCAGUAGACUGAAAUCAGUGUAUUACAGUUGGAAUACCUUCAGAUACACAGUACUCUAAAAUGGUUGGCAAUGAAAAGUGGCUUACUUAAUAAUGAAUAUGAAGAAUACAAAUGCCGUACAGUGUAGGAAUGUUAGAGUGUACCUGACUAACCAUUUAGCUGAUAAGCUGAUACUUAUUGGCUAGUGGUGUCUGUUCCAUUCAGCUGGCUCCCAGGAACAUGGCUUCGCUGUGGCAAAGCAGGAAAGCCUCCUCCCGAGAGUCAGGUGGGCAAGGGCUGCUCACUUCACUCAGAGAGGAGGCUUCACUGCACAGCCUCCUCCCUGGGAGCUGGGCAGGGAAAGGAAUCCGCCUCCUUGGGAGCAGAACUGGCAGGGGCUUGGUGGCCCCUGUCCCAGGGAGACUUUGCUGCGGGCUCCGCAGUUAUAAAGCUUAAACAAGUUUUUAUACAUAAGCUUUAUCCUGCAGAACCUGCAACGUGUAACUGGGUAACCGCUGAGAGCUUCAUUGGUUACAUGGUUACUGAUGUAACUGACUUUUUACAUCCCUAAUACAUUGUGCUUUGUGAGAAACUGAGUGACAGAUGGUGAAGUUAAUCCUUCCAGUAUAGUAUUGGCCACCUCAAAUCUUUGUCUAGUCUUAAGAGUAAAAUAUUUGCAAAUAAUUGGUGGAGAAAGGCAACUUCUGAUUGACUGUUAUCACUCAAAGAUUUCAGAAGCUAGCUCAUUAAAUUCAGUGAUAAUGUCUAUGCCAAGGGUGGGGAACCUAAGGCUUGGGGGACCCCAGCUUUCCUGGAUCUGGCCCCUGAUGCUUGGGUCUCCCCUCCCAGCCCACUCCUGCGCGCUUCCUUUCACCCAGACCCCACACCCCAAACUUGCUUCCC